AUGCCGACACUGAAUGAACAGCUUCACAAACUGUGUAACGUAAAAUGCUCCACAAUGCUUGAUGUCCGGGAUGGGAUUUUACAUGUGCCACUGGAUGAGGAGUCCUCGCACAUGACCACAAUGCAUACAACCUAUGGAAGAUAUAGAUGGUUACGUUUACCAUUUGGCAUAACCAGUGCCCCUGAGGAGUUUCAGAAGAGACUGGUAAUUGCCCUUGAAGGGUUAGAAGGAGUUAUCUGCAUAGGGGAUGACAUUCUUGUUUUUGGUGAAGGAGAUGACUAUAAGCAGGUUGACAAAGAUCAUGAUCGCCGCUUAAUUGCACUGAUGGAACGAUGCAUCCAGCAAAAUAUCAAGCUCAACGCAGGAAAAUUGCAGUUCAAGCUAAAAGAAAUAAAGUUCAUGGGAAACAUCAUCACAUCUGAAGGCAUGAAAGCUGACCCGCGAAAGGUGUCCGGGAUUAUACAAAUGCCAACACCCCGCAGCAAAGCAGCUGUAUUAAGAUUCAUAGGUCUGGUGAAUUACCUCUCUCCAUUUUGCGAGUACCUUUCAGCAACCAUUCAACCAUUACGGAACCUCACUCAAAAUGGUGUUCCAUUCAACUGGUCACAAGCGCAAGAUGAUGCAUUCACCAAGGCAAAAGAGCUGAUUUCAAAAUCCCGACGCUAG